UUUUGCAACACUAGCUUGCUGAAUUUUCGUCAAAACGCAAUUACAUCUUAAGAAAAUCCUAUUGAAAACCUUCACGAUAUUAUCGCAGAUUGAUUGAAAAGUUUUCAGAUUUUACGGAUGCGGCGGCAACAUCCAUUACAAGAAGUGCGGAUAUAUUGCUCAGACGACAUCUGAAAUAAGAAGAAGAAAACUUGUAAUACGUUUCUCUUCUGAAUCAAGCAAAGCAAGCAAAACAUUCAAGGACAACUUCCGUUUCUGAUUAUAAGCAAUAAAGCGGGCAAGUAAGCACAGUUAUGAGUAGUGUGUCAUUAACCACUGCUACGGCUGCUUUACCUUUGGCAUCAGCAGCAGCUGAAAGCAGUACAAAUGAGCCGUCAUCUUCAAACAGCCAAAUACUCGCAAAUAGUAAUCAAAUAAACCCUUCCACCACGGCGCUGGCUACAAAUCCUGCAAUUUGCAAAUAUUUUCAGCGCGGCAUAUGUCGUUUCGGUACGUUGUGUCGUUUCUCGCACGAUGUGGCGUGCGGCGAAAUGAUUAAUAAUACGACAUCGUUUCCGGUACAAGAACAACCCAGCACUAGCCGACGUAAUUGGGUAAACGCUCCCGUAUUUGUUCCAAAAACUAAUCUCACUGGGGGUGAAAUAAUGAACGAAGCCUGUGCUCUAGAUAUGGCAGCGUCCUCGAAUCGUUCAUGGGCUGACGUAGUCGGUACUGGUGCAACUCGAGUUAGUGUCCUAAAUAUGGCCGAACCAGGUUCAAUGAAAGAAAUGUGCCCAUUUGAAAGUCCUUGCCCGUUCGGUCUGUAUUGCAGUUAUUCUUUGCAUAUGGAGUUAUGUGAAAUGUGCGACCAAUUCUGUUUACAUCCCAAAGACGAGGCACAGCGCAAAAAACAUAAAAAGGAAUGUUUGCAACAACAUGAGCAAGCCAUGGAAUUGUCAUUUGCUAUUGCGCGCUCGAAAGACAAAACCUGCGGCAUUUGCUUCGACACGAUUAUGGAAAAGGCAGGACGUGAGAAGCGCUUUGGUAUAUUACCCAAUUGCAAUCAUAUCUUUUGUUUGGAGUGCAUACGCAAAUGGCGUCAAGCUAAACAAUUUGAACACAAGAUCACCAGAUCUUGCCCUGAAUGUCGCGUAUCUUCUGAUUUUGUUUGCCCCAGUGCCUUUUGGGUUGAAACGAAAGAAGAGAAAGAGAAACUUUUGGGUGAUUAUCGCAAGGCUUUGGGUGUUAAGGAUUGCAAAUACUUUAAAAAAGGUGACGGAAAGUGUCCCUUUGGCAAUAAAUGCUUUUACAAGCAUGCUCUACCUAACGGCGAUUUAGUUGAUGUUGGUUGUCCCAAAAAAGGUCGAAAAAUGCAUCGCAGUAGUAAUGAAAUCAUUAAUUUGCUUGACAUCUAUUUGUACGAGUUUCUGGAGCAGCGCGAUUUGAGUUUCCUGGAUUUUCUUGCAAGCACCAGCGAUGAAAGCGAUUUUGGCGAAGAUUACGAUGAUUAAAAGAAUUUCAGUUAUUCUCCCAUCAAUCAAUUUAAUCAAAACCACAACAAUACAUGUGUGUGAAUAAUACUGUAAUCACAACAAAUAGCAGCAAAAUAACUACUAUUACUAUUAACUUCUAAACCAACAGCAGCAUACACCUUAACUAAAAAGAAAGUAUUCUAACGAUUCACAAAAACUAAAAAUAAAAAGAAGAAUUUAAGAAAAACAAAAUGAGAAAAAAUAAAUAAACAAAUAUCGCAAAUC